AUGAAACCAUCAACAGUAGUGAGAGCUAAGGAGUUCCUUGUAACCAUCCUCGACAAGGCAAAUGCUGACCGAAUGAAGUACAGAGGGGUACACUUUAAGGGCAUUCCAGCAUCAAUUGGUAAUCCUAUAACAAACGCAGGCGCAAUCCUCGGAGAAAAUGGUAAGUUGAUAGGCUCACACUUCAAUUUGAAAGUCGAUAGCGAAGCAGACAUAGUACCAUUCUUGAAAAAAGAUAUAUAUGCCAAAGAGGAUGUAUGGGAUUUUGAUACCAUUCAAAUUAAACCCAUUUUGAUAGCAACUAGAGAGGAGAAAAUAAUGGAAAAUUAG